UUUACAUCUUAUUAUCUUUGUUGAUAUUUAAACUAUUUAUGCUAGACGCAACUGAAGUUUUAAAGCUUGAAAAAAGUAAUUAUGGAAGCAUUUCUAAUGAUAAAAAAUCGAUAUUUAAUAUCCUGUUGAACAAAUUCAUCAACAACAGAAAAAGAAAGCAGGCCAAAUUAAUUGAAAAUAAUAAGCGUCUUUCUUUACAUAAAUAUAUGCAUCGUUUCAGUUCAUCAUCAAGACAUCUGUAUUAUUCUAAAGAUAUCAUUUUUGAACGUAACAAUUACAAUUACAGUCAACAAAAAGAAGAAAAACUAUCAAAUGAAAAAGAGCAUUAUGAGCAGAUAGUAAAUUCAUAUUUUUUACAAGCCAAGACACCAUUAGUGAAGACUACUCAAAUGUAUCAUCAUCAUUCUCCUCCAUUAAAAGGAAUUUUGUUAAAUACUGAAAUAAAACCAAAAGUACCCUUUAUCGAGUCAGAAAACGGUUACUCAUCAUCGAGCCUCGUACAAAACUUACCUUCGGAUAUUUUUAGAAAAUCAAUUAUAUUGGCCACGACACUAGCUACAGCCAUAGCAACCAAAACAAAAAUAAUACCAGAUCUUUCACAAUCUUAUUCUCCUAUGUCGCCUAUGUCCAUGUCAAAUAGUACUGUAAAUUUCAAGGACUUCUUAACAAAGGAGUCUAAUACUACAACAAAGAUGAAUAAAAGUAUAUUAGAGAAUGAUUCUAAUCUCAAUCAUUCUUUGAUGAUAUCCCAAUUGGAAAAAGUUCAAUAUUCAUGGUGUAAUCGUUUUGAUGAAGAAAUCAAUAUACCUUCUUUAGCUGCUACUGCUACUGCUAGUAGAAUAAGUCAGUGUAACGAUAUGAGUUAUAGUUCCAUUUACAACAAUAACAGUAGUAUGAGUGAGUUCAUGACAAUAGAUAAUGACAUGUAUUAUACCUUAGAUAAGUGUCAUUCAAAAUACGAAAUUUGGGAUGUCGAUUUUUGGAAACAACCUGCUGGAGAAACACCAAAAACGAUUGAAGACUUUGCAGAUAUGACAAGUUCUUCCAAUGAAGAAGCCAAGUCUACCUGGGUAAAAACUGUACCAUCUAAACUAUUAUCAACAACAUCAAGUCCAAUGGCUAUAGUAGGAGAAUUACCUAAUCAUACAUUAACAACAGAUAAAUUAAACCAAGAAGCGUUUCCUAUCCUCUUAGAGCUGCAUCCAUUUUUGACUUUUAAUCCAAAUUCACAAAGAAAGGAAGCACAUAUAAAGAAAGGCAGAUUUGACAUCUACCUUCAAUUAAAUGAAUAAUAAUGCAUUGUAUAUAAUCUUUAGAUACAAAAACAAAUAUAUUAUUAAAGUCCUC